GUUUUCUGUUGGCGCUCUCGCGAGCAUUCCUUUUGAUCAAGCAGUUCUUUCACACUUUGUGGCGUUCGCGGUAAGCCGGUUCAGCCUUAUGUCCCAUCAAGUAUAUCAUACUUUAAAAGUCAAUUCGCAAGAGAAGUUUAAAGUAUCCAACACCCCAAUUCAGUACUUGCCAACUUAGUGAAAGGUAUUGCCUAAAUGAAUAGAAACAAUUCAGAUGAAUAUCUCUAUCGACAGUUUGGAUGACUUUGCAGCCUCGUCUGGAGCUCCAACACCAACUCGAAGUCGAGCUCCAUCGCCACUCCGAACAUGGGGCGAGCUCAAUUCUUCUCCAAGAUGCCGAGCCCUAGACAUGCCAACGAGUCAAAGAGACGCACCGAAAGAAACUGGCAACACCAUUGAAGUCUUGACUCGAAUUGAUAGCAGGCGAUCGACGAAUCGGCUCGCAGCAAGGGGUCAGGAGGAGCUUCCAAUACACAGCACAAGCCAAACCUCAGAGCGAUUCUCCAAAGCGGGUGUGGGUGUGAUGUCGAGCACUGGAACACAGACAGGAGAUACUUCAAAGUCGGGAGAUAAUCAUGUGGAUGCCAUCGAGGGAGAUGAAGCAAGGCCGAAGAGGGGAAGGGGAGUGGAAAGGGGGUUAGUAAAAGACAGUGCGACUCGAAAAUCAGCUCAUGGAACUGUUCAUGCGGGAAAUGGGAGAACUUUAGGGAGAUGA